AUGUUACUUACCAAGCCGUGGACACAGGUCUACGAAGAAGUGCCAUGUCCACUCACGACGAGCAUCGUAUUUCCGGACGCCGUCUUGACAGGAGUGACGAUACAGCCUGCUAGUUCACCAUCGUCUUGCUGCGUCUUGCCUACUCCAUCGGCAUCGCUCAAACUGAUCGCCUUCGAGCCAAAUGCCACCGACGUAGACUCGAUCUACUUCUACACGAACACCAACGCUACAUCCCCAUAUUAUGUUGGGACGCUUGUGGACGGUUCCCGCUGUCUCCUCGAUCUCUCGCCAGAGGCCUUGGCGGCUGGACGUCUUGCAGCGCAUCUCUCCAAUGGGGAGUCCGUAGUCUUUGACGAGACUGGUCUGCACCACUAUGGAGCUGGUUGCAACACAACAACUUCUGUUACCAUCUCCGACUUCUUGGCCCAACUCGCCGGACUGCCAGACGCACAGCCACCAGCAGACGGAAGAGUCAGAAGAAGAGACCUUCCCGAGACCAACUUCACAGUCGCAGUCCAAGUAGCAGCUACCAUCGACCCCUUUCUCCACGACCCUAAAGUAGCCUUCGGUGACUCGCCCUGCACGUUCAUCGAUAUCCAGAACAUCACAGAAUGGGACAUACACUCCUGGACCUGCCAGUAUCCUGGCGCCAACAGCAGCGAGAAAAGCUGCGAGGAGAGGUUCCACUCUUGGUUCAAGCCCGACACGCCUUCUCCCACGGGAACAGGCCUUGACCAGACUGGAAACGCUCUCUUCAACUUCGUCCCCCGUCUCGUCAGCCGGGUCGGAAACAACCUUGCGGAUAUCUUCCCUGGUAUCAGCGAACCGCUUCAGCACGGCCUAACCUGGCUCAACAACGCCCACAACGCCGUACUGCACGCUGCUGAUGUUGGUGGCGGUGAACUGUGCGAAAUUAUUCAUGAAUUCGACGAGUACGAUCUUAUCCUGUCAGACCCGGGAUUGCCAAGCUUGCAUACUAUUGGGAACUACCACUCCCCUCCGCUCCCAACAAUCACCGAAGUGUUUGAGUCGCACACGAAGAGGAUCACGAAGGAACCCCCGAGGCAGGUGGUUCCGACUGAGACGAGCUUCCCCAGUGUGACGGAGACUUCGUUCUCGGAGAUUCCGGAUGUUCCGGAUCUGGCGUCGACAAUGAUCUCGCUGGCGGAGAACUUGGGUGAGGCUGCUAUUACCCCUUUUACAUCAUUGGGAUCUUUGUUUGAUACACCGCCGGACAGGCGUGACGAGGAGGUUGAGCGGUUGCCGACUGUCACUGUGACGGCUAUUGUUACGGAGAUUGUAACAUGGUAUGGGAUGGCUUUGUCGGCGGCAGAAGACAGCCCCAUGCCGGAUAUGUCUGGAACAGAUUUAGUCGCACAUUAA